GUUCACAAGUGCAUACAGUUUUAAAAAUUAAUGCUUUUUGGCGAUGUAAAUAUGUGUUUCUUUAAAAUUUUUAUCGUGUUUAGCAUCCUGAAAUUACUAUUAGUCAACUUAACUGUAUUCACUAGAAUUAAAGUAGAAUAAUUCGUAGUAUAAUGCCAUCAAAUCCACGGGUGAAGUAUCACAAAAUUAACGACAGAGAUGGAUUUGUCGAUGCUCAGUUUCGUAAACCACCAUCAAAAGUUCCUGUAAAAGCAAUAUGUUUGGCCAGUGGUUUGUUCUUUUUUGGUACCAUUCUCCUAGUUCUUGGUUCUCUACUUUUUUCUGGAUAUUUUGACGUUAAGUAUGGUGAUAGGACGUAUCCUAUGCUAAUUCUUGGUUCACUCAUGUUUAUCCCUGGUUUUUAUCAUGUGAGGAUUGCAUAUUAUGCUUGGAAAGGAUACAGAGGAUUUUCUUUUGAUGACAUUCCCGAUUUCAACUAACAUUAAUGCAUACCUAACUAUAAUCUCCGCAGCCAAUCAUAUUGUUAGUUGUAAGAUGAACAUUAGUUUUUGUGUUACAAAAUGGAGACAUUUCCCAUGGAGUGACUGAGAGAAUGGUAUUGAAUGAAAUAACUUGUUUACAACAAACAGUAACUGUACUUCAGUUGAAGAUGUACAAGACUUAAAAUUUCUCAAAUGUUUAACACAUGUAAACAAGAUAAUUUGAAGUUAAAAUACCAUUGGGUGUAGACAUAUUCAUAACUUUGACUUAUAUUCCAGUUUGCUUCAAAUAAGAUCAUGAUAUCAGCCGA